UUCGCACGUAAAGAUGUUGUUUCACCUUAUAUUUAUUUGCACUCUGAUAUUCAAUAUCCCAGAUAUUUAUGGGACGGUUUAUACAGUUGAUAAUGCAACCGAUAAAUUUACCGAUUUUAAGCUAAAAUAUAAUAAAGAAUAUAACGACUCGUUUGAUGAACAAAAUCAUUAUUUGGCAUUUAUAAACAACUUGAAUGAUGCUGAGGCAGUGAAUGCUACAUCGCAAGGGAGCAAGACCAUCUAUGUGAUGAAUAAAUAUGCAGAUUUGGACCCGGCGGAAGUUGAGGAACGCUACGCUAUUCACUUAAAGACUUAUGAUGCGGUCAAAGACGGUGACCAUCAGGAGGUAUUAAGAAGUGACCAUGGGAUUGAAAUUAACGACAAUAACCUGUUUAAUUUAAAAGAUUCAGACGGCCUUUUUCAAAAGUAUAUUGAAGAGGAACACAGAACCUUCAAGGACAAGCGCGACGGCUUUAUACAUUUUUACAGGUUUGUUAAAACACUGGCACAGAAAAAUAGAGGCAUUUAUGAAGGCAACGACGCUCCGGACCUGGGGCAUUCUGCGGAUAUAUUGACCGAAAGCAAAGAGUUCUUCUAUUGAGGCUAUUUC